UAAUUUCACAGCUGCCGUUUCCAAUAUAAUGUAGGUCUCGGCACGAACGCGACGGACGUUCGAUUGCACCGAGUUCCGAGUGUUUGUUCAUUGUAAUGACUUCUGCCAUUAAGGUGCCAUCCGGAAAACCGCCCGCGAUCGCUGAUACCGAUAAGGGCCGUCGCUCGUAGCAACGGCGAUGUGACAUCAGUCGUAGUACGGUUACCGUUGGUUUUGUGACGUGAUGUGACUCGGGCUGUGAUGUUGAAGUGGGUACACAGGCAGGGUUUUAGGUGGCCAUCAGCGCCAGAAUUGGACGACAAGGAUCUGUCCUCCUAUUUAAUAGUGGGUUCCGAUCCACGUGUGGCGACAUGCCGCGGAAAGCUUCAGAACCGGCGCUCGAAGCUGAACCAGGAGAUCAACAAAGAGCUGCGGCUUCGCGCGGGAGCCGAAAAUCUAUUCAAGGCCACGACGAACCGAAAGCUCAGGGAAACCGUGGCCCUGGAACUCAGCUUCGUUAACUCCAACCUGCAGCUGCUCAAGGAGCAGCUGGCCGAGCUCAACUCUUCCGUCGAAUUGUACCAGUGCACCAGUGACAGCACUGAUGCUGUGAUGCCCAUGAUCCCUCUCGGUCUAAAGGAAACAAAGGAGAUCGAUUUUCGAGAACCUUUCAAAGAUUUCAUCCUGGAACAUUACAGUGAAGAUGCAAACACAUACGAGGAUCCCAUUGCAGAUUUCAUGGAUACCAGACAAGCGAUGAGAACGCCUCUUAGGGACAACUCCGGCAUAGGGCUACUUUUUAGGUACUACAAUCAACUUUAUUUCGUCGAAAGAAGGUUCUUUCCGCCCGACAGGUCGCUGGGCAUAUAUUUCGAAUGGUUCGAUUCGCUAACAGGUGUGCCAUCGUGUCAAAGAACUGUAGCUUUCGAGAAGGCGUGCGUUUUGUUCAACAUGGGGGCUGUAUAUACGCAAAUAGGGGCGAAACAAGACAGAUUGACGGCCAAGGGUUUGGACGCGGCUGUAGAUAGUUUCCUAAGAGCGGCUGGCACGUUCAGAUACAUCCACGAGAACUUUACCAACGCCCCAUCGAUGGAUCUGGGACCUGAGAUGUUAGAGAUGCUCGUGCAGCUUAUGCUGGCGCAAGCGAGGGAGUGUUUGCUGGAGAAAUUGCAGCUUCAGAGUGAGGAAAAUCGUUCUUUGGACGUGUGCCUCGAUCUGGCACAAGAAGCAUCACAACUAGCAGAUUGCUACAACGCUGUCCAUCAGCUGAUCAACCAUGAGUCAGUCCACGAUUACGUCCCGUACAGUUGGAUUUCUUUGACCCAAGUAAAGGGGGAGUUCUACACCGGAAUGGCUCAUCACCACGUCGCGAUGGGUGUUCUACAUAAAGACGCGAUUAAAAUUUUAAGCAGCACCAAGGAAACAUUGCAGUUCGUCGAGAAGAUGACCUCGUCACCUGACAUCAAGUUACCCAAGGAUGAAACCGAUAGACGGAUACUAGCCAAGGCUCAUUUACGAGAAGCUCUGGUGCUUCACGAAGAGUGUCAGAGGUUACAUCGCAUGUGCCGCGAAUUAAAGGGAAAGCACGCUUUGACCGCCGUGCUGAAAAAUGCCCACAAGACGGCCAUGCAAGUGUACACGCCUUUGGAAAAGGAGGACGACUUUGCCGAGAUGUUAGACGCUCCAUUAGUACAACCUGCAACGAAGUUCCAACUUUCUUUAACAGCACCAGACUUUGCCCAGUACCGCGUAAACGAUUUGUUCAGAGGUUUGGGACCCAUCGCUAUAUUUUCUGCAAAAAGGCAUUGGACUGCUCCCAGAUUGGUUCAGCUUCACAGAGGAAGAACUUCCGAUGGUUUCGGUUUUUCAGUCAGAGGAGAUGCUCCUGUUAUAGUGGCCAUCGUCGAGACAAACUCAAUUGCCGAGUUUGGUGGGGUUAAAGAAGGCGACUUCAUCGUUUCCAUAAGCGAUAAGGAUGUGAAAUGGGCUUCGCACGAUGAAGUGGUGACGCUGAUAAAAAACGCUGGGGAUUCUUUGAGCUUGAAGAUAGUCACGCCGAUGGACAGGAAUUACCUUAAGCCGUCGAAGUCGAACAACAAUAAGGGAUCGGUUUCGACGCAUAGCAGCAGUUCAGGGGUGUCCAGCGGGAUGUCGAGCCCUGCAGGGUCGAUGGCUCAGCAUGGAAACAGUAAACGAAUGAACUGGAACCCUUUUAAACGGCACGCGUCGUCCAGGGACGGUAAAGACUUUUUCGAAAACGUAAUUCUUAGAUAGGCAAUUUAAAUUAUUAAUUUUCUUUUUAUCGCCCGCGAAAAAAAGUUUAAUUAGAUCGUUAGUAUUCAUGGAUACAUAAUAAUAACACUAAUGAUAAUUGUAAAGUUAUUUGUUAGGUUGUUAGUUUGGACUUAUUUAGAGAGUAAGUCGUGUACUGAUAUAUUUUAAUUUGUAUGAUAUUAAAAAAAUGUUAUUUGGCAACAAUAAUAGUCACAUGUUAAUUAUUUAUGUUAUUAUUUUAUGGAUCUUUACGUUAGUUUCUGUUCAUUUCUACCGUCUUUAUGCGAAAGGAAUAUUUAGUCAGGUAAUUAAACUAAAUUGUACAUGUCUGUUACUUUGUUAUGUAUAGUAUAUUUAUGUAUAUAAACAAUAAAUUAUAUUCUCU